AGCUGUUAUAUAUCCACGUCUCAUAUUCGGUCCCUCACUCCUUUUCCAAUCCUCUUGAUUCACUUCUCUUUUCCCUUCCACCAUUUUUUGUUUUCUAAGCCCAACAAAAGGGCCAAAACCUCAAAAAUAUGAGCACAAAAAGAAAACUCAGAGACAUUAUUGGUAUUAUCAAAGACAAAGCUUCAAUUAUCAAAGCCAACUUAUCAACCCAACGCGGCGUUUCAUCUAUCCAAGUGUUGGUCAUACGCGCCACCACACACGCCACAUCAUCUCCGCCACGGAACCACCGUAUCUCCGCCAUCAUCUCCGCUGGGGACCACUCGCUUCCCGCCAUAUACGCGUGUAACGAAGCCAUCAUGGACCGUCUUCAUGGGACCCACAACCCCUACGUUGCCCUAAAAUGCCUUUUCAUAUUCCAUAAUAUUAUGGCUAAAGGUUCACUUUUGUACAAAGAUCAUGUAUCCUUUUUCCCUUCUUCUGGUGGUCAUAAUUCGCUAAAUCUUUCCGGAUUUUACGAUAAAUCUGACGUCGAAACGCGACAACUCUCGUCGUGGGUGCGAUGGUACGCUGAUGUCCUUGAACGUAACAUGAUAACGUCUAGGGCUUUAGGUUCUUAUAUUUCUCCUUCUUCAAGAUUAUCGAUAAAUUUCGAUAAAAUUACAGGUCAUAAAGAAAAUAUUGGUUUUUCUAAUUUCGUAAUGGAAAUGGAAUCGUUGGUUUGCAUGGUGGAAGGAAUUUGUGAAGCGCCAGAAUCACAAUAUUGUCAAAAGAUUGAUUUAGUGCAUGAGAUUAUGAUAUUAAUUGCUGAAGAUUAUCGGUCAACUCAGUACCAUAUAAUGAUUAGACUCGUUGAGUUAGCUGGCCGAGUUUCAAGAUUGAGUUACUUGGAUUUGUCCGAGUUGAUAUUAUGUUUGAAGAGGCUUGAAGGAUGUAGGAAAAAGUUGAAUGAAUUGUUUAUAAGAAGGAAAAAUGAUUUAUUUUGGGAAAUGGUAAGUCAAAAGAAAAUGGAAAUGGAGAAUGUGAAAUAUGAAAGGGAAAGACAAAGUUUUUUACUAUGGAAUGUAGAUGAGAAUUCUGCUGAGUUAACUAGGUCAUCACAAAGAUUCGCAGGAAAAACUCAACAACUAAUUUUGUUUGCUGCUGCAUAGAAGUCAAUGGCGAAGGUGAAUUUUGGGCUUUAGUUUUUCGCUAGAGGGCUGGGCUGGGCUGUAGUCACUGUGGGCCAGAAUCCUAAUUUUGACCGUUUGCAAUGGGAAGCCUAUUGCUGUUUUUUGUAUUUGAAAUACUUUUGAAUAUGGUUUUGUGUAAAUCAGAGCAAGCCCUGUUGGUGAAGCUUAUGAUGCUCUGUUCUGUACAAAUUUUCUCAAUAAUCUAGCAAGGACUCAAUGUAAAUACAAAAAAU